GAUAGACGCAGAUACUAUCUACAUGUUGGUGACACCAUAGAUAUAGUCUGACCAAGUUGACGUUAGGUACAGAUACGUUUGCUACUUAGCUGUAACAUUAUUUCUUACUAUCUCUUUCAAAAUCUAAUGUUGGGAACAGGAUCACCCUCCAGCCUUUGGAAAAUGUUUCCUGUGCAGCCCAACCUACAGAAGGAUGAUUAAGAAUCAGGAAGAAGAUGAAUUUGUCGCAGUGCGGGUUCAAGACCCUCGGGUCCAGAAUGAAGGCUCCUGGAACUCGUACGUGGACUUCAAGAUAUUUCUUCACACCAACAGCAAGGCCUUCACGGCCAAGACGUCCUGCGUGCGCCGUCGAUACAGUGAGUUUGUCUGGCUCAAGAAGAGGAUGCAGAAGAACACUGGCUUGGUACCAGUCCCGGACCUGCCCGGAAAGUCCUUCUUUGCCUUCAGUAAUGAGGACUUCCUAGAGAAAAGGAGGAAAGGCCUUCAGUCGUUCUUGGACAAGGUAUGCAGCAUGACCGUGUGUCUGUCAGACAGCCAGCUCCACCUCUUCCUGCAAACUCAACUUCCGGUUGGUCACAUCCUGGACUGCGUGCAGGGCCACACCCCCUACACUGUGACCGAGGCCAUCCUCACCUAUGCCUCGUCCAAUCGGGGCUGGGUUCAGGAAGAGGACUCCACCCAGGAGCCCAGUCUUUCUCCAGUUCCUUAUGAGUCCAUGGAAAGCCCCGCCCCUCAUCUGCCUUCCCUGCAACGCAAAGAGCCUGUGGAUCCCGCCAGCGUUGCCUCCAGUGAGUCGUUGGUCGUACGGACGGAGACGUACCUAGACACUGUGGAGUUACUGCUCUGUGAGAGAGAGACCCCUUCACAAGGCGUCACCCGGAAGAACCAUCACGUUUUCCAGGUAGAGGCCGUCCUGGAGUUACACAGCCCGGUGGAGGAUGUCUGUAAGCGGGACAGCCAUGAUGAAACCACCCCAGAGAGGCUCGAGUGCGAGGAGAUCCACCACCAAGGGGACUGUCAACGGCGGACAUCUGUGGAAUUGCACUGUGAAAAUGACUCGGAGGAGGUGCAAACUGAGAGGGUCAGUAGCCUAAUGACAGAGACCGUACCUCCUGACCGGAGUAGCCAGGACAGCGGUGAGGAGGUUGUACGCCAAGGGAACCGACAACAGCAUCCACUUGGGGCAGUGCACUUUGAAGGUGCCACAGGCCUGGAGUUGUUGUCUGCAAUGGCCCCUGGGGAUGGGACCUGCACAGACCCCCCUACAGGCAUAGUCCCUGAGGAGGCCCCUGAAGAUGGACACCGUGUGAGGGGGACAAUUCCGGAGGACGUCAGGCCUGCGGAGGAGCCCCAAAAAAUCAUCGGACAUGAAGAAACGAUGUCAAAAGUUGGCGGUAACAGUGACACCGAUAUAGCCAUUUGGACGCACAACCAAGGACGAGGGGAUGAGAUCAAGUCCCACAUAGAGGUCUGUCUGGAGGAUGGAUGCCGUGAGGUCACAAUCCAAGAGGGGGAAGGCAUUGGUGACCGAACCCAAGAGAAGAAUAUUCCCCUUAACAUUCAUCAAGUAGAUGAUCGUCUGGACCCGGCCCAAGGGAUUAAAAAUAACAAGGAAAUCAAUGGAGCAGAGGAGGAACAUCCUAGUGAUUGGGAGACGGCGUCCAGUGGGAGUACCCACGACGAGAGUGACAACGAUUCUGUCAAUGAAAACAAGUCAAUCCAAAAGACCAAUGGCUACACAGAGACCGCUCCCAACCAGGAAAUUCACCAAACAGAUUUCCCUGUCACGGUCUGCUCCAACACAGACUUUUUCUGAUCUCUGAAACACACCAACAUCUCUAAAGUGAGGUAUCUAAUGCCCAGACGACCAACGGUCUCCAAGCUGGUGAUAUUUCAUACGCGAUCAACGCUUACUCGUCGAAAUCCUGAUCGAGGUGAUGGUGUAGCUGAGAUAAAGGUCAUUGGAUUCCAAGAGAGCAGUCGCCUGGCGUUUGACGGCCACCGGACAGAGUGUGACAUCUCAACAGCUCAGGAGGUUAACAUUGAUGCCCCACUAGUGAGCCAGUAGAUUUAAUGCAGCUACCAACCAGGCUGUGAGCCCGCUGAUAGUGCCAGAUAUUAGGCUACCGGUUACUGUCACUGUGAACCCCUCCGAUAGAUAGUGGGAUGUUUUCCGCUCCUCAAAGACAUAAGUAGCCUCUCUGGCCGAUUCUAACCCCUGCAUAUGUUCACUUCUCCCUCCAGCUGAGCCUGGCUUCGCUGUACCGCUUGCUUUGAUGAACCUCCUCUGUUCUGCAGUGGAUGUGGGUUACCCAGCGGAACAACCUUGCAACUUAUUCUUGCAGUCACAUCUUUGGGCCAAGUGGUGUUAUCACGCAUGCGUUCCUUUGGUUAACAUGCAAGUACUACUAAAAGGAAGUGGGGUGGUUUCUGCAACUUCAAUUUCAACAAAUUAGUUCCAGCCAAAAAAAUCACAAGGGGGAGUAUUUUGACACCCAGCGAUUCUUAUUCUACUGUAAUCUUCCACUUGUUACAAACCGAUAAAAUGGUCUCUGAAGCAUUGAUGGAAUUGAUUGCACCGAAAUGUGCUUUCUAAUUGUAUUCAAUGUAUUGUUUAUGAAUAUGGUCGUUAACAUCAACUUUGGACCUUUCUACCCAACAAUGAUUAAGGUGUAAGGAAUCGACUACAUUUAUCUGCUUUUUAAUCACCUAAGAAAUAUUGCGACUGUUUCUCCGCCUCGCCAAAACUAACAGUCUAAUGCAUGCUUUUAUCACUAGCAGGACUUCAUAUCACAGCUCUCCGUUUGCUCUCCUUAUAGGAGCUUUGACAGUCGUGAAAGAUAGUUUUAGGCCGUUUUGUAAUUAUAUUUGAAUACGUUUUAAAAAUGGAUCAAGGAUGUGUAUUGAUGACAGAAACAUUGGAGUUUUUCCUAUUUGGUGAAAGUCUAUUCUAAAUGCUCUCCUCGGUGACCUGGAAACGGAUGCAUAUUGUGUGAAAUGUCACACCCCUUUUGAAUCAGCUUUAGUGUCGUCCGAGGAGAAAAGCGUGUACACAUUAAAUGAAUUAAUAUUUGAAUACAUUUUUUAUUUUUAUUUCAGGGCUCCAUUACUCAAAGAUUACUCAAGAUUGUGUACAUCCUAAAAUGUUAAGAAAUCAGCAUACAUUUUAUUUAUUGUUUCUAACUACAUAAAUGGCGAAUACAGAAAUAUGUCAUAUGUUGGGUGUAUUGAUUGGCUGCUGUGACUCAUGAAACGUCAUUUUCUCCUGCCUUGCCAGCCCAUGUUGAGCCACAAGCUGUGGACGCUAGCUAACGCGUCUCUAACGUUGAGGCGAAGGGAGUCUCCGUGUGGAGGUCUUUGUGAAUUAUUGUCUUUGUAACGUCCCCAACAGGGCAAUGUGGUAAAAGCUGACGUGUGUACUUACCGGAUAAGACUGCACAGAGUUUAUUUAAUGUCUGCCCAAGUAUAAGAAUGAAUCAUCAAGUAGUAAAAGUAAUGCUCCCAAAGCGUCACAACAUACCACAACUUUCAGAUGUUUUGUUUUUGGUGGGGGGGGGGGGGGAGAUAUGAAGCGGGGCAUCCAUUAAACAGUAAAACUUAUUUGUAUGGCCUAGUCUGUCUGUAUUUAUUGUCGAUGCUGAUAAGGGACCAGUUUAUUUAUGUAAGUACUGUUUUAAUCAGGAACUGUGACUUGUGUAGGUAGACCCCUGCAUUAGAUAUAUUUUAUGAUGAUAAUUGUGUCCACUGUAAAUUAUCACUGGGUCCAGCUUCUGCUGGGUAUUUGAAACCAGUUGUUGUCGUGUCAAUAUUCCUGACCUGUUAAACCACAUUGGCUGACAACUGUGAUAUAUUCUGGUAUUGUGAUUUUGUAAAUUCUUUCUUCUGGCAGUUUUUUUCUCUCCAUAGUCUGCAUUAUAGUGCUUAUUUUAUCUCAGCUACAGCAUUUUAAAAGAUAGAGUAUUUGAUCUUGUGCAACAUUUUAACAGGUGCAUUAUUGUUUUUAACUGGCAUAAAAAUUAAGUGGCAUAAAUUGUUUCAUGGACUCUUUUUCAAGACAAAAUAUGUGAUUUUCACAAUGGCACUAUUAUGCCAACGUAAGAAAGUACAAAAAACU